GGUGAUGGAGGAAAAUGGCCGCCGGGUGUGGUGAGGGCGACGCGCUGAGAGCCGAGGUCCUUUCCUUUCCCGGGUUCUGACAGCGCCUGCGGCAAAUCGGGCCCUUUCCGCAAGGGCGUGGGCGCCGACCUGGGGCCGGGCUGGGAGACGGAGAGUGUGGCGGUCGGCGAGGAGAAGCCGCGGCCGGUAUUGGAAUAAAGAUAACCGUAGCUUCCUGUCAAAAUGUCAGUUCUGAUAUCACAGAGUGUAAUAAAUUAUGUCGAAGAAGAAAACAUUCCUGCUUUGAAAGCACUUCUUGAAAAAUGCAAAGAUGUGGAUGAGAGAAAUGAGUGCGGCCAGACUCCGCUGAUGAUAGCUGCUGAACAAGGCAAUCUGGAGAUAGUGAAGGAAUUAAUCAAGAAUGGAGCUAAUUGCAACCUGGAAGAUUUGGACAACUGGACAGCCCUUAUAUCCGCAUCCAAAGAAGGACACCUGCCCAUCGUGGAAGAGCUGCUUAAAUGCGGGGCGGCCUUGGAGCACCGUGACAUGGGAGGCUGGACAGCGCUCAUGUGGGCCUGCUAUAAAGGCCGAACCGGAGUGGUCGAGGUGCUGCUGUCCCACGGCGCCAAUCCCAGUGUGACUGGUCUGCAGUACAGCGUGUACCCCAUCAUCUGGGCGGCAGGAAGAGGCCAUGCAGAUAUAGUGCAUCUUUUACUGCAGAAUGGUGCUAAAGUCAACUGCUCUGAUAAGUAUGGAACCACCCCUUUGGUUUGGGCUGCACGAAAGGGUCAUUUGGAAUGUGUAAAACAUUUAUUGGCCAUGGGAGCUGAUGUUGAUCAAGAAGGAGCUAAUUCAAUGACUGCGCUUAUUGUAGCAGUCAAAGGAGGCUACACGCAGUCCGUGAGGGAGAUUUUGAAGAGGAGCCCAAAUGUAAAUUUGACAGAUAAGGACGGGAACACAGCUCUGAUGAUCGCGUCGAAGGAGGGCCACACGGACAUUGUACAGGACCUGCUUGACGCGGGAACGUAUGUGAAUAUACCUGAUCGGAGUGGAGACACUGUGUUAAUUGGCGCGGUCAGAGGUGGUCACGUGGAAAUCGUUCGAGCGCUUCUCCAAAAAUAUGCCGAUAUAGACAUCAGGGGACAGGACAAUAAAACUGCUUUGUAUUGGGCUGUGGAGAAAGGAAAUGCGACAAUGGUGAGAGAUAUCCUGCAGUGCAACCCCGACACUGAAAUAUGCACGAAGGAUGGUGAAACACCUCUUAUAAAGGCUACCAAGAUGAGAAAUAUUGAAGUGGUGGAGCUGCUGCUAGAUAAAGGAGCUAAAGUGUCUGCUGUGGAUAAGAAAGGAGACACUCCUUUGCACAUUGCUAUUCGUGGCAGGAGCCGGAAGCUGGCGGAGCUUCUUUUAAGAAACCCCAAAGACGGCAGGUUACUUUACAGGCCCAACAAAGCCGGCGAGACGCCCUACAACAUUGACUGCAGCCAUCAGAAAAGUAUUUUAACUCAAAUAUUUGGAGCCAGACACUUGUCUCCCACCGAAACAGAUGGUGACAUGCUUGGGUAUGAUUUAUACAGCAGUGCCCUGGCCGACAUUCUCAGUGAACCCACCAUGCAGCCGCCCAUUUGUGUGGGGCUGUAUGCGCAGUGGGGAAGCGGGAAGUCCUUCUUACUCAAGAAACUGGAAGAUGAAAUGAAAACGUUCGCAGGACAACAGAUUGAACCUCUUUUUCAAUUUUCAUGGCUUAUCGUAUUUCUGACUCUCCUCCUUUGUGGAGGCCUUGGUUUGUUGUUUGCUUUUACAGUGGACCCAAAUCUUGGAAUAGCAGUGUCCUUGAGCUUCCUGGCUCUCUUAUAUAUAUUUUUUGUUGUCAUUUACUUUGGUGGACGGAGGGAAGGAGAGAGUUGGAAUUGGGCCUGGGUCCUCAGUACUAGGUUGGCAAGACACAUUGGCUAUUUGGAGCUCCUCCUCAAACUGAUGUUUGUGAAUCCACCCGAGCUGCCAGAGCAAACCACGAAGGCUUUACCUGUGCGGUUUCUGUUCACAGAUUACAACAGGCUGUCCAGUGUAGGCGGAGAAACUUCAAUGGCUGAGAUGAUUGCCACCCUCUCGGAUGCUUGUGAAAGAGAGUUCGGCUUUUUGGCCACCAGGCUUUUUCGAGUCUUUAAGACCGAAGAUACGCAGGGUAAGAAGAAAUGGAAGAAAACGUGUUGCCUCCCGUCUUUCGUCAUCUUCCUUUUCAUCUUUGGCUGCAUCAUUGCCGGGAUCACCCUCCUGGCCAUCUUCAGAGUUGACCCCAAACACCUGACAGUGAAUGCGGUCCUCAUAGCGAUUGCUUCGAUAGUGGGCUUGGCCGUCGUGCUGAACUGUCGGACGUGGUGGCAGGUGCUGGACUCGCUCCUGAAUUCGCAAAGGAAGCGCCUCCACAGCGCUGCCUCCAAGCUGCACAAACUGAAGAGCGAAGGAUUCAUGAAAGUUCUUAAGUGUGAAGUGGAGUUGAUGGCCAGGAUGGCCAAGACCAUUGACAGCUUCACUCAGAAUCAGACAAGGCUGGUGGUCAUCAUCGACGGAUUAGAUGCCUGUGAGCAGGACAAGGUUCUCCAGAUGCUGGACACCGUCCGAGUUCUGUUUUCCAAAGGCCCAUUCAUUGCCAUCUUUGCCAGUGACCCGCAUAUCAUCAUAAAGGCCAUUAACCAGAACCUCAACAGCGUGCUCCGUGACUCCAACAUCAACGGCCACGACUACAUGCGCAACAUAGUUCACCUGCCCGUCUUCCUCAACAGCCGCGGACUAAGCGGUGCCAGGAAGUUCCUUGUAACCUCAGCCACAAACGGGGAUGUUCCUUGCUCGGACAGCGCAGGGGUGCAGGAAGAUGCUGACAGGAGAGUUUCGCAGAACAGCCUCGGAGAGAUGACGAAACUGGGUAGCAAGACGGCCCUCAAUAGACGGGAUACGUACCGGCGCCGGCAGGUGCAGAGAACCAUCACCCGGCAGAUGUCCUUCGACCUGACGAAACUGCUGGUGACGGAGGACUGGUUCAGUGACAUAAGUCCUCAGACCAUGCGAAGAUUGCUUAAUAUUGUUUCUGUGACAGGGCGAUUACUGAGAGCUAAUCAGAUAAGUUUCAACUGGGACAGGCUGGCUAGCUGGAUCAACCUUACCGAGCAGUGGCCGUACCGAACUUCAUGGCUCAUAUUAUACUUGGAGGAGACGGAAGGUGUUCCAGAUCAAAUGACAUUAAAACCCAUCUAUGAAAGAAUAUCAAAGAAUAUUCCAACAACUAAAGAUGUUGAGCCACUGCUUGAAAUAGAUGGAGAUAUAAGAAAUUUUGAAGUGUUUCUGUCUUCAAGGACCCCAGUUCUUGUGGCUCGAGAUGUGAAAACCUUUUUGCCAUGCACCGUAAAUCUAGACCCCAAACUCCGGGAAAUUAUUGCAGAUGUUCGUGCUGCCAGAGAGCAGAUUAAUAUCGGGGGGCUUGCGUAUCCCCCGCUUCCAUUACACGAGGCUCCUCCUCGGCCGCCCUCAGGCUACAGUCAGCCUCCGUCUGUCUGCUCUUCUUCCACGUCCUUCAAUGGACCCUUUGCGGGUGGGGUUGUGUCACCGCAGCCUCACAGCAGCUAUUACAGCGGCAUGACGGGACCCCAGCACCCGUUCUACAACAGGCCAUUCUUUGCCCCAUACCUUUACACGCCACGGUACUACCCUGGCAGUUCCCACCAUCUCAUCUCACGUCCAUCAGUAAAAACGAAUUUGCCCAGAGAUCAGAGCAAUGGCCUAGAGGUUAUCAAGGAGGACGCUGCUGAGGGGCUUCCUUCACCCACAGACUCCUCGAGGCCGUGUGACUCUGGGUUUAACAAACAGAGACAGGGAUCGGGCCCGGCUCCAGGAGCCGUAUCCCUGAAUGCAAUGAACGUGGAUGCCGUCUGUGAGAAGCUGAAGCAAAUAGAAGGGCUGGACCAGAGCCUGCUGCCUCAGUACUGCGCAACCAUCAAAAAGGCGAACAUAAAUGGCCGUGUGUUAGCUCAGUGUAACAUUGAUGAACUGAAGAAGGAAAUGAACAUGAAUUUUGGAGACUGGCAUCUUUUCAGAAGCACAGUGAUAGAAAUGAGAAAUGCAGAAAACCAGGUGGUCCCCGAAGACCCGCGUUUGCUGAGUGAAAACAGCAGCAGCGCAGCUGCUCACGGCGAGUCUGCUCGGCGCGCGUCGCACAGCGAGUUGCCGCACACCGAGCUUUCCAGCCAGGCUCCCUACACCCUCAACUUCAGCUUUGAAGAGCUGAACACGCUCGGGCUGGACGAAGGGGCUGCGCGUCACAGUAACCUCAGCUGGCAGUCACAGACUCGCAGAACCCCCAGUCUUUCGAGUCUCAAUUCCCAGGAUUCCAGUAUUGAAAUUUCAAAGCUUACUGAUAAGGUGCAGGCCGAGUAUAGAGAUGCCUAUAGGGAGUACAUUGCUCAGAUGUCUCAGUUAGAGGGGGGCACAGGGUCUGCAACAGUGAGCGGCAGGUCUUCUCCGCAUGGCACGUACUACAUGGGCCCGAGUUCAUCAGGGGGCUCCAUCCACUCUAACCUGGAGCCAGAAAAAGGGAAGGAUAGUGAGCCAAAGCAAGAUGAUGGCAGGAAGGCCUUUCUCAUGAAGAGGGGCGACGUUACAGAUUACUCAUCGUCGGGCGUCUCCACGAACGACGCCUCACCCCUGGACCCUAUCACUGAAGAAGAUGAAAAAUCUGAUCAGUCGGGCAGUAAGCUGCUCCCAGGCAAGAAAUCCUCAGAAAGGUCCAGUCUCUUCCAGACGGACUUGAAGCUGAAGGGAGGUGGCCUGCGCUAUCAGAAACUUCCCAGUGAUGAAGAUGAAUCUGGGACCGAAGAGUCAGACAACACCCCUCUGCUCAAAGACGACAAAGACAAAAAGGCCGAGGGGAAAGCAGAGAGGGUGUUGAAGUCUCCGGAGCACAGCACGGAGCCCAUCAGGACCUUCAUCAAGGCGAAGGAGUACUUAUCAGACGCCCUGCUUGACAAGAAGGACUCGUCUGAUUCAGGCGUGAGAUCCAGCGAGAGCUCCCCCAACCACUCCCUUCACAACGAAGCCGCGGACGACUCCCGCCUUGAAAAGGCCAAUCUCAUAGAGCUGGAGGACGAUGGCCACAGCGCCAAGCGGGGAAUACCGCACAGCCUGAGUGGCCUGCAGGAUCCGAUUGUGGCGCGGAUGUCCAUUUGCUCCGAAGACAAGAAAAGCCCUUCCGAAUGCAGCUUGAUAGCCAGCAGCCCCGAGGAGAACUGGCCGGCGUGCCAGAAAGCCUACAAUCUCAAUCGCACACCCAGCACCGUGACUCUGAACAACAACAGUGCGCCAGCUAAUAGAGCCAACCAGAAUUUUGAUGAAAUGGAGGGAAUUAGGGAGACGUCCCAAGUCCUUCUGAGGUCUGGCUCCAGUUCCCACUCAUCCGCCAUUCAGAACGAGAACCUGAAAAGCAUGGCGCAUAAGCGAAGCCAGCGUUCAAGUUACACGAGGCUCUCCAAAGAGUCUUCAGAGCUCCACGCAGUAGCCUCUUCUGAUAGCACAGGCUUUGGAGAAGAAAGAGAAAGCAUUCUUUAAGAAAGACAAGCGCAAGUCGAAUAGUCUUACUUUACCCCUCUGUCAAGAUUGAGCUGCGUUUUAUAGUGAGUCCGUCCAGGCUCGUCCUCCUUGUACAUUUCGCUCACAAAUCACGAAUGGAUGAGAAGGCCUUUGGUAAAAGAGACAAGUGCUGUGCAUCGGAGGGACGUAUUCAAAAGGAUGGUUCGUCUGUCCGCCUCCAUUGUCUCUGCAAUUAGAAGCUGAAAACCCCACUACUGCUAUCACACCUUUCAUUGGCAUAUAAGUCCAAGACAAGACCAGAGCAGAGAGAUAGGUCAGAAGUCGUCUGUCUAUUAAAUAUAAAGGGGUUAACUUGCCAACAGAGGUAAAAGGCCAGAGAGCCCUUUUGCAGAACGUCCAUUCAUUAAAUAUUUGAGGGAGGACAUGAUCGAUGCUAAAUGAACCAGAAGCACAGCUCGCUCGCUCUUAAGGGGUAAUAGGCAAGAGUUUACAGAUCACUAGAGACGAACGGUUAAUGCUUUGUGAGUAGAGAACCAGAGUUCUAUAUAAUAGACAGAUUGCUUCAAAGAGUUGUAAAAUUUUAAGUAGAAAAUGUAAAGAGGGCUUUAAAAAUUGCCAGGAGAGCAAGUCCGCAGUGCCCAGAGUAGAGCCACAGUACCCGGGCCACUGUGAGCUGCUGGGAGCAUGGCCCUUUGGGUGGGGCCCGUAACCUCCCCCUGACCUGCACCCCCUUCUCCCUAAAUCCCAGACCUGGCUUCAGGUACCAUCCAUCUGCCCCUAGACCCACCCACGUUUACCCUAUGACCCAUCUAAACUGGGCGCUCAGCUUUCCUUCGUGAGCCCAGCAGUGAGAGGAGAAAAUGAAUUCUUUCCCUGGAGAGUCGGGGAGCCGUGGCGAGCAGUGAUAGGCACUGAGAGUCUUCGUGGGGGAAGAGACGGGGGCCAGGAGGAACCGUGUACCUCGGGAGGUCGGCGGUUGUUGACAGAUGACAAGGAAACAUCUGAUGAGGUGAAAUGAAACCACUGCCUUCUCCUCCAGCGCAGAGCUCAUCUGCUUCAUCUGUUCCUAAAUUAGUUCUGCGGGAAGAUCAUGAGAAAUACUUUUAGGAAAAAUGUUUAAAAACAUAUAGCAAAGCAAAGGCGAAAAGAAGAUAAAUCGGGUGUGACUUUUCAUGUAUUGGUAGCAUUAAGAGAACAAGCACAUUUAAGUAUCGUGUGGACUGGAAGUGCACCUGUCAUCGUGCGUGGACAUGUUUUUGGUCUUUUUUAACGUGGCUCAUCGAUGUAGAAGGAUUUUGGCCGUGUACCUCCAGUCCCAGAGAAGAUUGUAGCUGGUGAGAUCGUAGCUGAGCAGCUACUUACAUUGAGUGGUCCAUUUUCAAUGUUUUGCACUUAAUUAAUACGCUAAGUAUUUAUUUACUCGGCCAGUCAUCGCAUUAAAAGUUGCUCUUUUGCAUUUUCUUGCCUUGAUGUUUGAGUGUAAUCUAGCAUUUUCAUGAAGUGUUUAUUUCGCAUGACGUUAACCCAUUUUAACUAAUUUUUUAAAAGCCAGAAUGUUAUUAUUAUAUAUUGAAAUGUUAACAUUUUACUAUUUAUGGUGUUUAUUAGUUCGCAAUAUUGUGUAAUUAGUCGUUAUUUCAGGGGAAAUAUUUUGUUCCUUAGCAGGUGCGUAGAUUUAGCUUAAUAUCAUUGUAGUAUGUUCUUUAUUCUCUUUGUGAAGUUAAUACCAGCAUAUUAAGUGUACAAAUAGAUUUAGAAGACAAUAAAAAGAUUGCAUGCUACUCUGACUCAUGAAUUUUUAUUCACUGUAGGGAUGAUAAUUCACAUUUUGGUUAAAAAUAAAAAAGGAAUGUGUGUGUGUGUGUUGUCACAUGUCUGAAGUUCAUUGAAGACGGUCAGGUUCACGAGCAGUCGUGCAGCUGGCAGGAGUGUUCCCAGCUGCUCUCACUGGUCCUUUUGGCAGAGCUCGGCUCUUAGGUUCCAGGGCCUGAAUGGUGCUUUUGUGGCACUUUCAUGCCCCACAGCACCGCUCUGUACCCUGCCUUUCUGUAGCUACCAGAAGUAGGUUUUCCACAUCUUGGGAAGAUAUCCUUGUAAUUAUUGUAUGACCUUUCUGGAAAAAUUUGCUUUUUCAUACCGUUGUAGACAUUAACAAACCGGAUGAGUUAUUGAGUCACACCGUCAUCCCCUUGAAUCCUGUGUGUGUGUGUCUAAUAGUUAAAAUACACAGCUCAGCCCGACUCUCACAGAUGCAAAACUCUUCUUUAAGCUGGGUGAAAAACGAUAGGGAAGAAAGCCGACGUUCUACAUUUGUGAGCCCCUUAGAUUCUGCCUCAGGAUCUUGCUGUGUUUUGGAAACCAUUUGACCUCUCUGUUAAGCCACAGAUGGUUCUGUUCCUGCAGCACAGCAUUAAGCCAGAUCCAUUCACCUUGGACUUAGGGCUUCUGGAGUGGUACCCAAGAAUAUAGCCUUUCUGCAGGAGAGACUCAAAAUGAAGAGAAGCCGGCGCUCUCUCCAUUGGUACAACUUUCACGAUGCUGAGUGUUUAAGGGCCAGCUUUCAAAUUCUGGGAAAUUUAAGCUUUCACAACCGAACCAACAUGUAUAGUAUUAACAGGAAAAUCUGGUUUUGUCUUGUAUUUGUCUGUUUUCUAUACCAGUCAGAAUAAUUUUAAUUGCCUAGCUAAAUUUUAGAAACUUAUUUACUGAAAUUCUUAAGGUGAGAACUCUAGAUCAUUCGCGUGUUAAAGUUCUGAGUGAACUAUAUUUGUAAUCAUGAUUUUUUUUUUCUUACAAAUACUAACAUUAGAAAAAUUUUUGAAUGAAAUUAAGUCUUUUAUUCUUCUGGCUAAGAUACUAAAUUUAAAAGGUCUUAAGAGUACAUACUCUUUGGUUAUACCAGGAAUUCUCAGCCUAUUUAGAAGUAUCGUAGAGUUUAAAAAUCCCUGAGUUCCUGGCUAGCUCUUGAGCAAAUCAGCCUAACUACCAGGAAAAGAGGCCUAGAUGGCACAUUCCCCUUUACCUCAGGGAAGAGUGACCUUGAGGGAAUAAGCAGGAAGAAAGGAAGAUACAAUAAAAUUAACUUCUUUGACAAACCCGUGAGACUGAGUAUCUUGGCUCCUUCCCUCCUGCCUUUCUAGAAUGAUGCUGACAAUUGGCAGAAGGGAAGAAACAGCCGGGGAGGCUCUUUUGCUUGGGGUGGGGGUGGGGCUUGGCUGGCCUGGGUGGGCCCUCUGAGAUUACUUGCAUUUUUAGCUUCCAGGUUGUGAGGCCCCCCCCCCCCGCACCCCCUUCCCUACCUCAGAAUUUUAAGCAAAGGCCGUAAUUACACAAAUAAAUGGAACCAUAGAAAGAAGCUGAUAGAUACCCACGAGCCUGCGCUUGGGUGAUCUUGAAAUGGCUCUUCACUUCGGAAAGGUUGAGAAUCCUUGGUUGAGACUGAUGAAUUAGAUGGAGAAUGUAAAAUCUUACGUAUUUUAAACCCUUUCCUGCCUAGGAAGAAAAUGCUGCCCUUGAGCUAGAUAGAUCUUCAGAGGAGCCUGUUUAAAAUAAGGCAACAGGGUUCUAGACCUUAGUCCCCACCCAUAGCCCACUCCUCGUGACAGUGGCCACCUCUCACAGUUGGCUUCCUCACCAAACAUAAGGGGCAAAGAAGAUGCUACCUACCGGUCCGUAACCCCGCUAUCCGGUCGAUUGAAGACGAUUGAUCUGUUCACCUUUGCCUGUUUGCUCACUAAGAGUGGUUGUGAAACUUGAAUUCAUUUUAACGAAAUGUUCCAUUUAUGAAAUUUUAGAUAAAAGCCCAAAUGUAUAGAAAAAGCAUGUAAACAAACUCCACAACCUGACAUUUCUUAUCUUAUAGCACCUUCUUGGUCAAGUUGUCUAAUAAAAAGUUAGAUUGACGGAGUUCCCUUGGUGGCGCAGCGGGUUAAAGAUCCGGCAUUGUCACUGCUGUGGCGAGGGUCGUGGCUGUGGCCUAGGUUUAAUCCCUGGCCCUAGAACUUCCACGUGCCUUGGCAGAGCCAAAAAAAAAAAAUUUAGAUUGUUAUUUUCAAAAUUGUCAUAGUUAUCGAUGCUUGCCCUUUUCAGCUUUGUUUCUGAGAAUUUAUAGAGUGCAUAUUGUUAUCCUUAAUGCAAAUUAAAACUGUUAUUUUUAAAGAA